AGGCAGUCGACAUUUUCAUUAUUCUGUCAAGGAAUAAAACAGAUCAAAACUUUGCCAUCAAACGAAGAAAUGUGGGGUUCUGGUUCAUUGGACCUCGCUAAAGGGAAAAAGUUCCUUAACCAAUUGUUGUACGUACAACACGUCGAUAAAGAAAAAGACACGACCAGUACAAUAUCCGAGCAAUCCCUUCGAGAAUAUUUACUGGUAAACCACAAGAUAUUUUCCGACUCGAAUUUUUCAGAGUACUUGAGAAAUCCUAAAGCAAAUGUCGGCAUUCUGAAAUCAUCUUUAAAAGAUGUAAUCACCCACGUCCAAGUUUACUCCAAUCCUCUUCCAGUUGCUAUGCUGAGAUCGGAAGUCACGAUUCACGCUUUCGUCGCCAUCACAACGAAGAACAGGAGAACCAAAAAAGAGAUGUGGUAUUCCAUCGAAAAGAAUGGAAAUAACAUUGUUCUACAGCAGUCACCAUACGAGUAUGACGUCACCGAGAAAUUAUACGACGCUGAAAAGAUGGAACUCGUUCAAAGACCAGAGCCAGUUACAGAGCGCAAAAGUGCUAGGGGCAAUUUUAGAGGCCUUGAACGUUUGUUGCGAGCCAUUUGGGAAACCAAUCAGCUGAGCACUAAUUAUCAUCUUCUGUUUUCAAACUGCCAAAAUUUCGCAUCUUUCGUUUUCAGAAAAUCCAAUUCUCGGAAAAAGUGGUCGACGGUGACGAGUGCUAUAGUCGACCGAUUCGGAUUGAGAAAUAAGAAAACCAAGUCCGAAAGCCUGGCGGAUUCAAUGAAAUACAAUUGGAUUGAAAAAGACGACAAAUUUGCCUAUUACAAGGCUAUGAUUGAGAGAAACAGGAAAGACUUAGAAAAACUUAUUGCCAAUAACUUGACAAACGAAUCUAUAAACAGUGUCGACUCCCAAGGCUACACGUUACUCGAAUGGGCCAGAGUUUUCUCUACAUCCGACUGGCCAAUCGAUCAGUACUUAAAAGACGUUGGCGCUCGAAAUACAUCAAACGAGAAAACGUUUCGCCGGAAUGUGUUUUUCAUAGCCCUGCAAUUCCUUUCUUCAAAUAAAUCUCGGUUGUUGUCAUUUGACGGGAUUUAUCUUCGUGGCGUGAACAAAACGGGCGACUCGGCAUUGCAUUUGGCUUUGUACGGAGAAAAAUGGGACGUUGCCGAAAACAUUCUCAGUGAAUUUAAAGAUUAUGACGUCAACGUCACCAAUUCUUUGGGGUGCCUACCACUUCAUCUAUCUUUGGGUUAUUCGCCAUUCGAUCUACCUGUUCAAUUUGAAUUUAAAAUGGCCUUGAUGAAAAAGAUUCUUUCUCGGACGAAUUCGGAGAACGUCAACAAACACAUCAACAGAUAUGGAGACUCUGCUCUUCACUAUGCAAUUACGAACCAGUCCAAAACUGUGGUAGAGGAACUUCUCAAACACAAGGACGUGGAUGUGAACAGCAAAAAUAAGAUAAAUUGCACUUCUCUACAUUUGGCUUCAAAGUGGAAGGAGAUUCCAGUUGAUUUGUUCAAGAAAAUUCUGAAAAAAUCGACCUAUGUCAACGCACAAGACGAAGAUGGAAACACCGCUCUUCACGUUGCAGUUUUGAACGAGUCCAAAACUGCGAUCAAAGAACUUCUCAAACGAACGGACGUGGACGUCAACGUCAGAUGCAUCGACAACCGGACGGCUCUACAUUUCGCUGCCAAGUGGACACAUAUGCCAAUUAAUUUGUUCAAGGAAAUUCUGAAAAAAACAACAGAUGUUAACGCACAGCACCAGGAUGGACAGACUGCUCUUCACUAUGCAAUUUUAGAAAAUUCCAAAACUGCAGUCGAAGAACUUCUCAAGCACAAGGAAUUGGAUGUUAACCUAAAAAAUAGGGACAGCUGCACAGCACUACAUUUCGCGUCUAUGUGGGAGGAUAUUCCAAUUGAUUUGUGCAGAAUAAUUCUAGAAAAAUCGACCGAUGUUAACGCACAAGACGAAGAUGGAUGCACUGCUCUUCACUAUGCAAUUAUUAACAAGUCCAAAACUGUGGUAGAAGAACUGCUCAAUCGUAAGGAAUUGGACGUGAACCUAAAAGAUUACUGCAACCGCACAGCAUUUUGCUCUGAGAGUCACCUUGAGCUCGUGUCACCUUUGCCCUAAAUUAAUUCCCACACUUGUCAAUUCAACUUUCAAACUCUAUUCUGAUUGAAUUGAACUACCAUUGGGCGUUUGGACCCCAGCGAUUUUGUUUGGUGACCCAACAUAUUUCCGUCCGGCAGACGGAACAGCGGACCCAUGCAGUCGCAGCCCCAAUUUUAACCACCUGACACUGCGGGCACGAAAGGGCUUCGCAACUUGCCACCAGCGCCUAUCAAAUGUCUCAAAAUGAUUAAAACUCAAUCGAAUAAAAAUUCGAUUGUUUUAGUUUACAUCGAUCAUUUCUUCGGUCCGCCUGCUGACGUCCUCGUCCGUCUCGGCACUUUGAUUGACUCGAACCUGAAAUUCCUUGCAGUUGGCGCCUUCGUGAAUGGCCUGGCAAGUGAUGAGGCAGUUGCUCUUGCGACAGCGACUGGCAGCGGCAGCAAAAUCGGCAAUUAGAACGUUGGAAUCAAUUGAAAUCCAAUGAAAUUUAAAAACAAAUAUAUAUAUUUCUUUUAGCUUUACCCGUUCUGUAGUUAUCCCCCCUUAAAGUACCCUAAUUUGCAUAUAGCUCUACGGAGCGUUAUCAAACUUAGGGCUCGAGUUAAAAGUUAACCUGCCCUUGA